AUGGCAAGUCCCAGCCAUCGUCGGAGCGCCGUUGCGAGUCUGCAAGGCGAGGAAGAUGAGCAAGAGGGUGAUGUCUGCCAUUUGUUUUGUCCAAGCCCAAAUAAGUCCAAGACAGGCCAAAGAGGGACAGGUAUUGUCAUCAGCAGCGAAACAGAAGAAACAGAAGACCCUCAUCGUCAAGCGCAAAGCACCAACAACAAAGCGGUUUACAUUACCAGUAGCGCCGACGAGGUCAACAGGGAUGAGGCUCAUGUUGUCUCCAAGGCUCAGUUCUCCAUCUACUACACUAGCUUGCUUAAGUUCGCCUGGCUUGUGUUCGCAGCUCGCCAUUUGGAACACCAUGGAAUGAUCUUAGUGCUGUUCGAGACGCCCUCUGGCUUUGCAAUUUCCAGUAUGUUGGAGGAGGACCUCAAGGAACCAGACGCACUGCAGGUACUUGCUUUGAAUGUCCGGGCAAACUUCGGCAUGGAUUAUAGGGUAGAAGAGUUUGAACUGGGAUCCAAACGGGGCCUGAGAGAAUUUCGGGAAUUCAAGGACACGUCCCGUGUCAUUAAUCAUGAUACUGGUAUUAGUUGGGACCUUACUGAGAUGAUCAUGAGGUGGCGCCACCCUGAGCAGAAGAUGGCCGUUGGGAAGCCUGAGUAUAAAGGAAUCAUUGAGAGUAGCUUGGUCAGUGUAAAGCUCCCCCGUUUGCUUUUGCUUGUGGACAACUUUGGGCACCAAUUUUGCUGCCAUUUCUUUCAGGGUGUACCCUGCCUGUUUGAUGAAAUUUUAAAUGCGUCCGUCACAUUUUAUCGAAACUUGGCACAUUCAUGUGAUGGGCUGAAAGCAUAUGUGUUUUCUUUCUUUCAGAUGUUUACACAAGAUGAGGUGCUGACGUUUGUGAGGGAUGCGGAGAAAUAUGAAGCUCGGAUACAUAAGGGCAUUUGCCUGAAUGUCUACAAUGAGAUGGUGAAAGCCCGUAAAUAUAUCAGGAUGACAUGAGAGGAGGAACUCAGAUUCACCAAGAACAUCAUGUUUCUUUCCCUAACAUGAAGGCAGAACUGGUUUGGAAAUCCAAUGCUUGAUGGUGAGGCUGCCUGCCUGAAGCUGUCAAUCUGCCAUCCCACACUGGAGGGUCACAUCUGUGCUUCUAUUCUGAUCAUUAUCGACAAGGGAGAGUCACUUGUAAUUCACCACUGCUGUCAACUCCUGAUCUCUUUUGAUGUUUCUUUUUUGUUCCUAUCAAUCACUUGUGUCAUGGACUUGCGAGGAUGGAAGAUGAUGCCUCCAAAUUCAAGGGGUGAUUCGCUCGUUACCCUCUUUCCUUUGGCAUGUAAAGAAUCACAAAUCGGUUGCCUGUAAGGCCAGAACCAUGCAGGUCAAAGCCAGAGACCAACUGCAGGCUGCAGCUCAGCUCGCUCCCGGAUCAGGGCAGUGCAUGCAGAUGCGCACGGCAUGGAGGAGCAGCUUCGCCGGAGGCUGAGCGCCGGCGGCGCCACGAGUCUACAAACACGCCUCGGCUCGCGUCGGCGUGCGCUGGCCGUCUUCGCCGGUGGAGUGAGCAUCAAGCUCCUGCUUCACCUGAGGAGCCUGGCGAGGAAGACGACUGAUGAAACUUGAAAGAUCUGGACCGCGAAUGUCCCAUCCGACGGGCCUUGGGUACCCAGGGGGUGGACGGUAAAUGAAAUACCGUUCGCACCCGGGGCUGUCCCAACCAACGCCGCCAAUGCGGCACGCCGUGGCGCCACCGCCUCCUGCAUGGCUGCAUCCUCCUCCUUCGUCGCUGAAACCUCGUAACCAGAUUGCCGUGCUGAACCUGACGAGACCACGGAUUGGCUGGGCGAAGAAGAACGGAGCUCCCGCCCCGGACGGACCUAAACGCGCGCAGCUCCCCAGUCCAUGGCCACCAGCCUGCCGUGUCUUCUGGCGUUCAAAUCGUGGCGAGGCGGCGGCGGCGGCAGUGAACGCGACUCCCACUCGAGCGCACGCGGAGCGUCCCAUCGUUCCGCGGGGGGUGGCAGGCCUGUGGCUCCGUCCGUGGUGCGCCAUGAUCUUGGUCCCCCGGCGUCAGAGCGGAUUUGCUACCCUAUGGCGUAGCUACCCACCCCGACAUGCGGUGUUGAUGAGGCCACCGCAUGCGACGAGAUGCGCGCUAACGACCGACCUGACGAGGGGAUGUUGUUUGGUUAGCGGGCGAUUUACAGCGUGGCGCGGUAAAACCGUCCGUGAAGUCAAAAUGUUCACACUGUGCAUACUCAGAUGGGCCACCGGUUUCCUUCCUCGCAGAGAAACCCAUAGCUUGCGAGGAUCCACCCCUCAAGUAUCGUAGCCGCCGCCGCCCAUCCCCCGAACGAAACGAAGCCGGCGAGGUCCACUCUGGUGGCGCGCAGUUAGCCAUAGCCUCCGAUCUUGCAGAGCCCUCCUCCCGCCGCGAUGCCGGCGCCCUGCUGCCGAGGACCCCAACCUCAUGGGCACGUCGCGUUCCCGGGCCUGCCGCAGGCACCGCCUGUGGUGCCGCCUCCUGAGGCCACGAGCUCCAGCGGUGCGGGUGGGUGGCUCGGGGGGCUGUUCGGCAAGAAGGAGGAGGAGAAGAAGGCCGGCGCGGGUGGGGGCAAGUCGGAGAUCCUGGAGAGCUUUGACACGCCAAGCACCCCGAUACCGCCGUUCGAGUACAAGUGAGAAAAAAAAGGUAUGAUUUUUACUCGUUUAUAACUCUUCAGUCUGUGUUCGUUUCGGAUUUAGACAAAAAGCCGGCAGAUGUUCCAGCUAUCACCCCUAUGGAGACAUCUUCUGGUGGUGGGUGGUUAGGUGGAUUAUUCGCUAAAAGGAAGGUGGAAGACUCCCAAAUAGCAGCAGGAAUACUGAUACUUUAGAGAAUUACAAAGGAGCCAAGCAUGCCAGUAUCGUCGUUUGAGUAUAAGUAGCUGCAUGGAUGCACAUGGGAUUUUCCCAGCUGCCAUAGUUGAUUGCACUUUUAUUGAUGUUCCUCUGUUAGAGUGUGUAUCUGAACUUGUAUUGGAUCGUCCUUAUAACUUGUCUAGUACCAAAGUCAGGGUCAGUGUCAGGCAUUGAGAAUAUUUUGUAUGAUAUGGAUAAAUUUAUGUUUAUUUGCUGACGAUGUAAAGGAACACAAAUUCGGAUUUCACUUC